AUGGCCACCAGCAUAGCAUCGGGAAAUGGCCGUCUGCAUCUUAGAGAAAGUGUAUACAGGGGACAGGGUUGUAGAGGAGCCUAUUUUGUUUCCGGUAUUGGCAUCCCAAAAUGCAUCCAAAAAGAUCUUUCUUGGUCUCACGGGGUUCCCAAUAUCUUGCGGAUUCAUACAAGUAACCAUUUCCAAUCUCUGGCUAAUGAGAGUCAACAUAGGCACCACAGAACAGCAAUCACAUCGUGCUCGAGAGAUGGUUCUACAAAGUAUUUUGAUUUUGCUGUUAUUGGUAGUGGAGUAGCAGGCCUUAGGUAUGCUCUCGAGGUUGCAAAACAUGGAACUGUUGCAGUGAUAACUAAGGCCGAGUCCCAUGAGAGCAACACCAAUUAUGCACAGGGUGGCAUAAGUGCUGUAUUGUGCCCAUCAGAUUCAGUAGAGAGUCACGUAUUGGAUACAAUAGUGGCUGGAGCUUACCUAUGUGAUGAGGAGACCGUUCGAGUAGUGUGCACCGAGGGACCUGAGAGAAUCAGAGAAUUGAUUGCUAUGGGUGCUUCUUUCGAUCACGGGGAGGACGGAAAUUUGCACCUGGCUAGGGAAGGGGGCCACUCUCAUCGUAGAAUUGUGCAUGCUGCGGAUAUGACAGGAAGAGAAAUAGAGAGGGCACUCUUAGAGGCAGUACGGAAGGAUCCUAAUAUUUUUGUAUUCGAGCACCACUUUGCAAUAGAUUUGCUGUCUUCUCAGGAUGGUUCUAACACGAUUUGUCAUGGCGUGGACACUUUGAAUACCGAAACACAUGAGGUGGUCAGAUUCAUCUCAAAGAUAACUUUACUCGCAUCAGGAGGGGCCGGACAUAUCUAUCCAAUUACUACAAACCCCCUGGUCGCCACUGGAGAUGGAGUAGCUAUGGCUCACCGAGCUCAAGCUGUAAUCUCCAACAUGGAGUUUGUGCAGUUCCACCCGACUGCUCUAGCUGAUGAAGGCCUCCCCAUUAGACCAACCAAAGCUCGUGAAAAUGCCUUUCUGAUAACUGAAGCAGUAAGGGGCGAUGGAGGCAUCCUCUACAAUUUAGAAAUGGAGAGAUUUAUGCCCUCGUACGAUGAGAGGGCAGAGCUUGCUCCAAGGGAUGUCGUGGCGAGAAGUAUAGACGAUCAGCUCAAGCAACGUAAAGAAAAUUAUGUGCUUCUUGACAUUAGUCACAAGUCCAGAGAAAAAAUUCUAUCCCAUUUCCCUAACAUAGCUGCUGAAUGUAUGAGGUAUGGCCUAGACAUAACUCGAAAGCCGAUUCCAGUUGUUCCGGCUGCUCAUUACAUGUGUGGUGGAGUUCGAGCUGGGCUGCAAGGGGAGACAAAUGUCCAAGGUCUCUAUGUGGCCGGUGAAGUUGCAUGUACUGGCUUGCAUGGUGCAAACAGACUAGCUAGCAACUCAUUACUCGAGGCACUUGUGUUUGCCCGAAGAGCCGUGCAGCCAUCAAUUGAUCACACAAAGAGUUCUUGUAUUGAUCACAGCGCUUCCCAUUGGUGGCCUCGACCUACAAUGCCUAAAUCACUCGGGAACACUGUACUGAGCAAUAUCAUCCAUAGGACGAGGGAAGUGAGGGACGAGUUGCAAUCAAUCAUGUGGGAGUACGUUGGAAUUGUUCGAUCAACGACAAGACUGCAAACUGCAGAGAGGAGGAUCGGGGAAUUGGAAUUGGAAUGGGAAACAUACUUAUUUCAACAGGGGUGGGAACCAACAAUGGUAUGUCUUGAAGCUUGUGAAAUGAGGAACCUGUUUUGUUGUGCCAAACUGGUCGUAAGCAGUGCUCUCGCAAGGCACGAAAGCCGAGGGCUUCAUUACACCAUUGAUUUUCCACAUUUGGAGGAAAGCAAAAGGCUGCCUACAAUUAUACUUCCCACUUCAUUCUGUCGCAAUCGCCACAAAUCCUCAGGUUUUUCAUAUCCCGUAAGGGCACUCCUUGAAGCAACUUCAGAAGUUCAUAGGCCACUGCUAGCUUCUCGCUAUGAUAUACCGCCUUUUCUUCUUCCUCCACAUUGUGUAAAGGCGCCAUCAAGAUUACAUCCAACUUUUCCUAAUUGUCAACUUAAGUUCUCCAGCAUUUUAACAAUCAUAAAAUGCUCGGGAUGA